AUGGCAUUCCCUCCACGUUUUUUAACUGGUGAUAGCAAAACCUUCGGUGGAUUCACUUCGACUUCCCGUUGGCCAACUUUAGUCCAGAACAUGAUCGAUGAUUUGGAUUCAGAACUAUCCACUAAAAUAAAAGGUACUAACGUGUACUUACAAGGUCAAAUUAUCUUGAAACAACUACUGGAACUUAAACAAGAGAUUAAACAAGAUAAAAAAUUGAGAUCAUUCACUGAGGAGGAAAUUAGAAUUGCUCAAGUUCCAUUGUCCUUUAAUGAAUAUUUGAGUGAAUUUAAUGAUGCUACAUGGCAACAUGCGGAGUGGUUAUUCACAGAAGUCUAUUUGUACAGAAGAGUUAACGUCUAUUUCAGAAUGCAAUCACUUUGGUACAAUUUUGAUAUUUUUAACAAGGUCAAACAACAUGCUUUCCAUUCAUCAUAUUAUGGUGUUAUUGAACUGGCAAUUAAAUAUCAAUCUUUGGAAACUGAAUUAGAAAACAUUAGUGAUCCAACUAUAUUAAAGACGUUAUUUGAAGAAUUUAUUGAAAUUUCAUUAUGGGGUAAUGCUACCGAUUUAUCGCUGUUAACAAAUGUCACUUUAGAAGAUAUCAAAUCACUUCAAGGUGAAAAAACAAGAGCUGACUCUAGAGCUAAAAUUCUGGUAAAUGAUUCUGAAAAUGCCUGGGAACUAUUAUUCUCUAAGACCUCGAACAAACAAGAAGUCAUUAGAGUUGAUUUUGUUCUUGACAACUCUGGUUUCGAACUUUAUGCCGAUCUGAUGUUAGCUUCGUUUUUAUUGAAGUCUAAAUUAGCAACAAAAUGUAUCUUCCACUGUAAAGAUAUUCCAUAUAUGGUGAGCGAUGUUAUGUUAAAAGAUUUUGACAUAUUAGUCAAAGACUUACAGGAUAGAAAAUUCUUCCCAAUUGCUGAUGAACAUAAGCAACAUGCCGACACUUUAGACUUUUUCGCUAAAGCUGUUACUCAAUUUGUUACAGAUGGAAGCCUAGAGUUUGUAGAGAACUCAUUCUGGACCUGUGCUAUGGACUACACUUAUAUAGAUCCUUCCGAAAUAAAAUACAAUGGUGAUAAAGUGCAUGCAGAUUUACUAAAUUCUGAUCUAGUCAUCUUCAAAGGUGAUUUGAAUUACAGAAAACUAACUGGUGAUAGAACUUGGAAACGUACCACACCUUGGCCUGAAGCAAUUGGUUCAUUAGCAUCAAGUGGUGUAACUACUUUGAGUUUAAGAACUUGUAAAGCUGAUGUCCAAGUCGCUUUAGAUGAAGGUGUCGAUGAAAAAUUAUCAGCUCUAUGGGAAAAAGAUCACCCAAAUCAAGGUAGUUGGUGGUGUUGUAGUGGUAAAUAUGCGGUUAUUUGUUACUGUGAUGGCAAACAGUGA